CUUAAAACCAUCCUAUAUAGUCACAGAUAACCAUUACUAAGCCAAAUCGAAACAAUUCUCAACUGAUAGAAGCUACUAGAAACUGCAAUUACGAUGAGGAAGUGGACGAUCCCUUCCGCUUUGCUUCUGUUAUGCCUUCUAUCUCUCAUUUCAGAUCAAGGCCGGAACUUACACGCAAAUGCCGAGGCCGAUUCACAGAAUCCUGUAGAUCCUCCAAAGGUUGAAGAGAAACUCGGUGCUGUUCCUAAUGGUUUAUCUACUGAUUCUGAUGUUGUAAAGAGGGAGUCUGAGUCGAUUUCGAAGAGAUCACUCCGUAGUGAUGCAGAGAAGUUUCAGUUCCAAGCUGAGGUGUCUCGGCUUAUGGACAUCAUUAUCAACUCUCUUUACAGCAACAAAGACAUUUUCCUUAGGGAGUUGAUUUCCAAUGCAUCUGAUGCACUUGAUAAGAUUAGGUUCCUUGCCCUCACCGAUAAAGAGGUUCUCGGCGAAGGCGAGAACACCAAGCUUGACAUUCAGAUUAAGCUGGACAAAGAAAAGAAAAUUCUUUCAAUUCGUGAUAAAGGUAUCGGUAUGACAAAGGAAGAUUUGAUAAAGAACUUGGGAACAAUAGCAAAGUCUGGAACUUCAGCAUUUGUGGAGAAAAUGCAGACAAGUGGAGACCUCAAUCUAAUUGGACAGUUUGGUGUUGGAUUCUACUCUGUAUAUCUGGUUGCUGACUAUGUUGAAGUCAUCAGCAAACACAACGAUGACAAACAGCAUGUUUGGGAAUCGAAGGCUGAUGGGGCAUUUGCAAUUUCCGAGGAUACUUGGAAUGAACCAUUGGGACGCGGAACAGAGAUUAGGCUUCAUCUUAGAGAUGAAGCAGGAGAAUAUUUGGAGGAGAGCAAAUUAAAAGAGCUGGUGAAAAAAUAUUCUGAAUUCAUCAAUUUCCCCAUAUAUUUAUGGGCAAGUAAAGAAAUUGAUGUGGAAGUUCCUGCAGAUGAAGAUGAGUCAAGUGAUGAAGAGGAAAAAGCUGAGAGCAGCUCCAGUGAUGAAGAAGAGGAAACUGAGAAAGGUGAAGAUGAGGAUACAGAGGAAAAACCAAAGACUAAAAAGGUGAAGGAAACUAUCAAUGAGUGGGAACUUUUGAAUGAUGUUAAAGCUAUAUGGCUGCGAAAUCCAAAGGAUGUGACAGAUGAAGAGUACACAAAAUUCUAUCAUUCUCUAGCAAAGGAUUUCGGUGAUGAAAAGCCUCUGGCUUGGAGUCACUUUACAGCAGAAGGCGAUGUUGAAUUUAAGGCUGUUUUGUUUGUGCCUCCAAAGGCUCCUCACGAUCUUUAUGAGAGUUAUUACAACGCUAAUAAAUCCAACUUGAAGUUGUAUGUCAGACGUGUAUUUAUCUCGGAUGAAUUUGAUGAGCUUUUGCCCAAAUAUCUGAACUUUUUGAAGGGUCUUGUUGAUUCCGACACUUUACCGCUCAAUGUUUCACGAGAAAUGCUUCAACAGCACAGCAGCUUGAAAACAAUUAAAAAGAAAUUAAUCCGGAAGGCCCUUGAUAUGAUCCGAAAAAUUGCCGAUGAAGAUCCUGAUGAGAUGAAGGAGGACAAGAAAGAUGUUGAGGAUUCAGGCGAUGAUGAAAAGAAAGGUCAAUAUGCAAAAUUCUGGAAUGAGUUUGGCAAGUCUAUCAAACUUGGUAUCAUUGAAGAUGCAACUAACAGAAAUCGCUUGGCAAAACUUCUCAGAUUUGAGAGUACAAAAUCCGAUGGCAAAUUGACUUCACUCGAUCAGUACAUCUCAAGAAUGAAGUCGGGGCAAAAGGAUAUUUUCUACAUUACUGGACCAAACAAGGAACAAUUGGAAAAAUCUCCAUUCCUAGAAAGGCUUAAGAAGAAAGGCUAUGAGGUCAUUUUCUUCACAGAUCCAGUUGAUGAAUACCUGAUGCAAUAUUUAAUGGAUUAUGAAAGCAAAAAAUUCCAGAAUGUGUCCAAGGAGGGCUUAAAACUCGGGAAAGACUCAAAGGACAAGGAACUUAAGGAAUCAUUCAAGGAACUUACCAAGUGGUGGAAGGGUGCCCUUGCCAGUGAGAAUGUGGAUGAUGUGAAAAUCAGCAAUCGUUUGGAUAAUACUCCUUGUGUGGUUGUUACAUCUAAGUACGGAUGGAGUGCAAACAUGGAGAGAAUAAUGUCAUCUCAGACUUUGUCAGAUGCCAGCAAGCAAGCAUACAUGCGUGGCAAGAGGGUACUGGAGAUCAACCCCAGACACCCCAUUAUCAAGGAGCUCCGAGAGAGAGUGGUCAAGGACCCUGAGGACGAUAGUGUAAAGGAAACAGCACAGCUCAUUUACCAAACAGCACUUAUGGAGAGUGGCUUCAUGCUGAAUGAUCCUAAGGAUUUUGCCUCCCGUAUCUAUAACUCGGUGAAAUCUAGCCUAGACAUCAGUCCAGAAGCAACUGUUGAGGAGGAAGAUGAUGUUGAAGAAACUGAAGCUGAAACCGAAACUGAAAACAAGGGCGACACUGAAGCGUCCAAACCUGAUGCAGAUACAGAUGCCAAGGACGAGUUAUAGAUUGCCCCUGUCAUGGGCUAGACUUCCAUCCUUUGAAUCAGUCCUUUUUUUUUCCUGUAGUCCACUCGCUUGAGAAAAGUUGAAAACCGUGCAAUGUGCAUUUUUCAAUUUGUCAUACUUGGAAAACUCUAGCUCGUAGUUCUAAUGUAAUCAUACAAUCAGGAAUUUUGCUUUUUAGCAUCUAGUUGACGACGAAUGUAUUUUCCCCCA